GAUAAUACAUAUUCCCAAAUUAAACACAGAAGCACCUAGAGCCCUCCAUUGAUGAAACUUGAGAUUCUGCAACCGCUUUAAUCCUCAUAAAUAAAAGGCAAAACCACCAUAACUCAAAAACCUCAAACAAACCCAGAAACAAAAGAAGCAACCAAAGAUGUUCUUUUUCUUUGUGGGUGGAUUAGAGCAACAAGUGAGGCGAGUGCUGAAAUCGGGUGUGGGCAGGUGCAUAAACUGUAAUUCAAGAGCUGAUCUUGUCGAGUACGAGAAAGUGUUGAAGCUUUUCUUUGUGCCCGUUUGGAGAUGGCCAGGAAAAGACCCUCUCAUGCACUGUAACAACUGCAACCUCUUUUUCCCUCGGGAUUUGUCUUUUCCACCUCCCAAGGUUGAUUCAUCAUCUGCUGCCGUUUCAGAGGCUUUGCGUUGUCGUUUUUGUGACCGGCUUGUUGAGCCUGAGUUCAGAUUCUGCCCCAUUUGUGGCUCUGCUGUCUAAUUUUCCUUUUGCGGGGAGGGCUUGAAUUUAUUUUAUGCUAAUUAAUUAGAAGAGGCAGUUUCAAACAGAAAGCAAUAAGAUUGCAAUUUCUGUAUAGUGGUAAGUACCGUCAGGGUUUUUGAAUUUCUUUUUUGAAUGUAUUUGUCUAGUUUAUAUAAAAAUGGGAUUGAGUGAUCCAAA